GUGAGAGUGUCAACGUUUCUAGACAAUAUUAAGUCAUCCCCGCGAUCCCCGGCCAGCACUAGUCUGCUUUCCGUCACAGUAUCUCGACAGAAGGGUAGGCGUAUUUGCCAAUCUAGUUUUUGUCAGGAUACGCUUCAGCCCCCUUAGCCCCUUAACGUUCACUUUUCCUACGUUCUCCCUCCACCAUAUCGUUUGUCAAUUGUAGUAGGCCCUCCCUCAGCCUUUUAAGUGCAGAUUCAGUACCGAACAUCCUCGUCAUCCGAGUAUGCAUGAGUCUAUUUCAGCGUCCCAGUGGGGUACCCCUACAGCUUCCAGGCGGGCUCUGCUCAUUCAUGGUGCGACUAUGUCCUCGCAUUCAUGGGAGGGCCUUGCUCAGCUAUUAGUAGCAGAAGGGUUCUUUGUCGUGGCGCCCAAUCUCCUUGGGCACGCAUGGAGACGGGGCACUGACUAUCGUAUGUCCACCCUUGCAGAGGACCUGAGACCGUAUUUCGUCAUGGACACGUCCUACGACGUGAUUAUAGGGCAUUCUCUUGGAGGCACAACGGCCUUGGCGCUCUUGCCAUUCUUGCCACGAACCAAAGAAACCACUGUCAUACUCGUGGAUCCCCCCCUCGAGCUUACAGAGGAGCAAAUCAACAUGUAUCACAAUUUGUCUCUGGAGGGGGUUUUGAAUGUCAGAACCGCCGACGAACACAUGGCCGACAAUCAUGCUUGGUCACGACGUGAUUGCUUGUCAAGAGCGCUUGGAGCCUCCAUGUGUGAUCGCACUGUUAUCGAGGGGAUAUUUAGGGAUAACAAUCCAUGGUCUUUCAGCGGGCUGUUGAACGGAAUCCCCCCUAACGUGAAAAUCACCGUGCUGGCAUCGCUCGAUGGUAUUUGUUAUAUGGAGCAGAUCCCUCGUGAUGUGGAGAGAUUGAAUGCUAGAGUUAUUAACAACACCGGUCACUGGAUUCAAUAUGAGCGUCCGGAUGCUAUCAUGGAUGAAGUUCCGCUAGCAAGAGCAAAAUUAUGAGCUAGGCGAGGAAGAGAUGGAUUUUUAUAGUGUAGUUCUUGUCUGUACUGCAUUCAAUCAUGUACUUGUUAUUGAUCUUCCCUCUGGGUUGUGGUAGUUUCACAGCAAUUCCAGAAGUAUGCCGCCAUUCCCUCAUUUAGUUGCGCCCGCUAGACAAGUUAUUGUCACCCGACAACACGAACUCGACACUCACUGAUGGGCCAUGUUUGCUUCAUACGCACACUCACCAAAUGGGCACUCUGAUAUGCCACUCGCUUAUUUAGACAGAUACAUCAUCCCCGCUCGCUUCGCUCUCGUUUCUCCACAAUGCAUGUCAAAUCCUCGGCUGCCUGAGCCCCACAUUCAAAUGCGGACCGUUCCGUAAUAGCGGUGAUUCGUGGCAUGAGCGAUAG